AACCGAUAUAUAGAACUAAUGUAGAGUCCACACUCUACCCCACUCACGUUGAUAACUCCGUCAGUGUGACUUUGGUACGUGUGGCGAGCAUUCGAGUGCUGGCGUCCUGUGAACGAGCGUUCUCUGGCGUAACAGACGGUAAUCAAAACGCAUAGCGUUAAACUAUAAAUGGAAAAAAUGGAGCCACCUAGUUAUAAUACAUCGCCACCAUACCCUUACCCACAGCCGCCACCAACAUCGCCACCACCAUCAAUGCCACCACCACCACAUACUGUACAUAUCAUAACGGGUACGGCCUUUAAUAAGGAGAGUCAACAUAUGACCUGUCCACACUGCCAUGCUACUAUAUCUACACGCGUAGACACGGAAGCGAACACGAAAACACAUUUGAUGGCGGGACUUCUCUGUAUAUUGGGAUGUUGGUGUUGCGCACCGUGCCCUUACUGUAUGGACAGCUGUCAAGUGCACAAGCAUUACUGCCCGGCAUGCGGCUCUUUCCUCGGAGCUUCUCAAAAUUGAUUAAAUCUAGGCGAAAUACGAAGGAGAUACUGCAGAAUUAUAUUAUCGUCAAUUUAAAAAAUUCUUAAAAAUAAUUUUAAAAUUAAUUUAACUAAAAAAUCCUUCCCAUGCCCUUACAUAUAUGUAUACACAAUCUAGAGA